AUGAUAAGAAUUAUUCAACUAAUAUAAAUUAAGACUUCAAACCUAAUAGAUCAAAUAAUCACUUCAUAGUCAAUAAAAGCUUAAUUUACAAGUAAUUAUUGUUUAAUUUGUGUUAGAAAAUUCAAAACAAAAAUAAUAUGCCAAAUUACAACAUUUUUCAUUAUCUAUUGAGUUUAUUAUUUAUUUUAAUUGUUUGUAAAUAAUGUCAUAAGCUGAUCCACUAUUAAAACUAAGAUUAAAACAAUAACGAGAGUUGUAGCAUCUAAUGGAAUACGAAAAAAAAUUAAAAGAUAAGGAAAUUAGAAAUUCGCAACUGUUAUUGAAAAAAAAAGAGAAAUUUUAAGACAUCUCAUUGAAACAAUUAAAAUUUAAAGAAGAUUUAAAAUAAAAGGCUGAAUAAAAAAGAAUUGAAUUUGAAAAAAAUCUAAGUCAAGCCAAAAUGAUUGAAUUAGAAUAAUUAAAAGUUAAGAUAUAUUUUUAUAUUUUAGCAAUCACAACUUUAAGUUAAUAAAACUAUUGAAAGUGUUAUGAAAUUUGAAAAUGAAUAUUAAAAAGAGCAAUUUGAUGUUUUACUUAAAAAAAAAUCAGAACACAAUCAUUAAAUUGAAUAAGUUUUGGAGAAUAAUAAAAAAAUAUAAACAAAAAAAUUAAAAGAUUAUAGUCAAUCUUUGGAUGCAAAAUUUAAAUCCUCCUAAGACGUAUAAAUUAUAAUAAUUAUUCUAUAGUUACAAGAGAAUUUGAAUAAACAGUUAAGUGACAGAUAAAAGUAAGAAUAAUAAAAAAUAUAAACUUAUUUCAAAUAAGUUGAAGAAUAAUAAACAAAUUUAUAAAAAGAGAGAAUGAAAAAAGGAGAAAUGUUUGAUGAAAAACUAGAUAAAGUAGAAAAAUUGAAAUAAGAAAAAGAAAAAGAAUUGAAAGAAAGAUAAAGACUUAGAUUAGAAGCUGAAAAAUAAAAAGAAUUGUUAAAUAAAGAGUUUUAAGAAGAAAUUGUGGUAAUAAAUUACAAAUAUCUUUAAGAAAAUGUAAAAGUCAAAUUUUCGCAAAUAGCUGAUAUCGUGA